AUGGGCUCAGUUGAACAACUCAACUUUUCCGCGCCACCCGAGAUCGCCUCGGCCAGAGGUCUCCUUCUAGACUUUGACGGAACAAUCAUCGACAGCACAGCGGCCAUUAUCAAGCACUGGCACAAGCAAGGCGAAAUCAUGGGCGUUGAUCCCAACGUUAUCCUCGCCAGCUCACAUGGAAGGAGAAGCAUCGAUGUAAUCAAGAUGUACGACCCGUCUAAAGCGAAUUGGGACUACAUAAUCCAUCAAGAGAGCCUCAUCCCAAAAGAAUUCGGCCAGGAUGCGGAGGAGAUCCCUGGGGCCCGCAAACUUCUGACAACCCUUGACGACGCCAACGUGCCCUGGGCGGUAGUCACUUCGGGUACGAGAGGCCUCGUGACCGGCUGGAUCGAGGUUCUGAAGCUCGCGCACCCGCGCACAAUCGUUGUGGCAGAGGAUGUCGAGAACGGCAAACCGGAUCCCACUUGUUAUUUGCUUGGCCGAAGGCGCCUGAGACUCCCCGAAACUGCCGAAAUGAUCGUCUUCGAAGACGCUCCAGCAGGAGUCUGUGCGGGAAAAGCGGCUGGAUUCAAAGUCAUAGCACUGUCCACUACCCACACCGUUGGACAGUUGAAAGAAGCUGGAGCUGAUUGGAUCGUGGAAGAUCUGAGAAGUGUGAAACUGAAGAACUUCAAAGACGGGGUGAUACAGGUCGAGAUCAUCAAUGGGCUCGUCGAGGCCUCUUGA